AUGUCUUUAGCUGCUAAACUGGAAUUGCCAUGGGUUGAAAAGUACAGACCUCAACUUCUUAAAGAUAUUGUUGGUAAUGAGGAGAUCGUGGAGCGUUUACAGCAGAUUGCAUACGAUGGUAAUAUGCCUCAUAUGAUUAUAUCUGGUUUGCCAGGUAUUGGGAAGACUACAUCCAUACAUUGUAUAGCGCAUGAACUUUUGGGCGACUCAUACUCACAAGCUGUAUUGGAAUUGAAUGCUUCUGACGAUAGAGGUAUCGAUGUCGUUAGAAAUCAAAUAAAGCAGUUUGCUCAAAAGAAAUGUACUUUACCACCUGGAAAACAUAAGAUAAUUAUUCUUGAUGAGGCAGACUCGAUGACAAGUGGUGCUCAACAGGCUUUAAGACGUACAAUGGAAAUUUACUCCAGUAGCACCAGAUUUGCAUUUGCCUGUAACCAAUCAAAUAAGAUUAUAGAGCCUCUGCAAUCCAGAUGUGCUAUAUUACGUUAUUCCAAGCUUUCAGAUGAACAAGUGUUGAAAAGACUGUUAGAAAUCAUAAAAUUGGAAGACGUAAAGUACACCAAUGAUGGCCUAGAAGCCAUUAUAUUCACCGCAGAGGGCGAUAUGAGACAAGCAAUCAAUAAUCUACAAAGCACAGUGGCAGGAUUCGGCUUGGUAAAUGGUGAUAAUGUCUUUAAGAUUGUAGAUUCCCCACACCCUUUGGUUGUGAAAAAGAUGUUAUUAGCUAAUUCUCUGGAUGAAUCCUUAACCUAUCUAAAGGACCUAUGGAACAAAGGUUAUUCCGCAGUUGAUAUAAUCACCACCUGUUUUCGUGUUAUGAAGAACCUAGCUGAAAUAAAAGAACAUAUCAGAUUAGAAAUAAUUAAGGAAAUUGGCUUUACCCAUAUGAGAAUACUAGAAGGUGUGGGCACGUAUUUACAACUCAGUGCAACAUUGGCUAAAGUCCAUAGAUUGAGAUAG